AUGAUCUUAAGAAAAUAUAAGAGAAUCUUGAAAGAAAAAGAAUAUGAGUACAAAAGAUUUCUUGCUAUGAGAAAUAGGCUUGCAUCUCAAGAAGAAAUAAAGCAAGCCAGUCUAGAAGACAUUCAGUUAGAAUUGUCUAAAAGUAAAGAUUUAGAUGAUAGUAAAGAACUUCAUCUUCAAAAAUAUUUUGAAUCUAUUGAUAAAUUUACAGAGAUUGAGAAAGUAAAUCCUAAUUUACCAAAACAAGAAAUGGCUGCUAAGGAUGUAUCAGGUAUGGGUGAAUUAGAGAUAGAGGUGUCCAAAUUAGAGAAUACUUUCUUAAAGGCAAGCCCGGAGCUUAAGCCACAAGCUAAGAGUUUUGAGCCAAAAAGAGAGUUUAAAGAUUUGAAUGCAUCAUUUGGGCAAGAUAGAUCAAGUCAAGUUAUAGACAUUAAUGUAUUUAAAGAUGUGGUAAAUAUUUUAUCAUCUAAGAGUAAAAGUGAAUUGCCUAAGCCAGAACCAGAAAUUUUCAGUGGAGAUUUAUUGGAGUUUCCAACCUGGCUUCAAACCUUUGAGAUUAUUAUAGAGUCAAGAGUUACAGAACCUGCAGAGAAACUUUUCUAUUUAGGUCACUAUACUAGCGGGGAAGCUAAGGAUGCUAUUAGAGGACUUCUACGUGUUCCCAAAGAAGAAGCUUAUCUUGAGGCUAAAAGUAUAUUAAUGGAUAGGUUUGGUAAUAAGUUUAUUGUGGCAAAUGCUUUUAGAAGGAAAUUGAGUGAAUGGCCAAAGAUUUCAAAUAAAGAUGGUCAUGCACUACAUAAAUUGUCAGACUUCUUAAAGAAUUGCUUAACAGUUAUGAAAACGACAGACUACCUUAAUAUUUUAAAUGAUCCUCAAGAAAAUAGCAAAAUGUUACAGAAGUUAUCCCCAGCUCUUAUAGAAAGAUGGAAUUCUAUAGUUUACAAAUGGUUUGCAAGUGAUACAGGUUACCUUCCAUUUUCAGUUUUUUGUGAAUUUAUAGAAGUGGAGGCAAAGAAAGCUUGCCAUCCAAUUUCAUCAUAUAGUGCAGUAAUGGCAAUGAAUCAGAGUCAUAAUAUCAAUGUUUCAAUAAGUAGUAAGAAGGGUAAACCAGAAAUAAACAUGUUUGGGACAAAAAGGUUUGUGACUAACUCAACAGGUGUAAAAGAAACAGAGGCACAUAGAGAUGACAAGGGACAGAGUCCAGAGAAACCAUAUUGUAACUUUUGCAAGGCUGAUCAUGAUCUUGAUAAAUGUAAAGGGUUUAAUGGACUUGACAAUAAGGCAAAAUUUGAAUAUGUCCAAAAAUCAUUUCUUUGUAGGGGUUGUUUAAAACAUGGCCAUAUUAUCAAAAACUGCAAAAGAAAGAAUAUGUGCACAGUAUGUAAGAGACGUCAUCCAACAUCUCUUCAUGAGGCUAUACUCGAAAGAAUAAAAGAAAGGGAAGCCUUACUCAAAAUGUAUAAGGAACAAGAAGCUGGAAAAACAGUAACAUUGUCAAAUGAAACUCAUAUAAUUGAAGCCAAUGUAAACUCCAGCAAAGUUGAUGAGGAACUUAAAGAUAGUGAAGUUUCCAAUAGAAUAAAGAUAUUGAGAAAGUCAGAGGAUAUGAUGCAUUCCAUGAUAGUACCAGUAUGGAUACACCAUGAAAGUAACAUAAGUAAAAAGGUGUUAGUUUAUGCAUUAUUAGAUGAACAAUCAGAUGCAUGUUUUAUUAAAGAAUCCACCAUGAAUAGGCUGAACAUUCUAGGCUCCAAGGUACACCUGAAGUUAACAACAGUGACAGGUGAAGAAACAAUUGAAAGUACAAAGACUAAAGGGCUAAUAGUAUGUGGUAAAAAUGAAAGGAUAGAGGUUGCACUUCCAGUCACUUAUUCACGGAAGAAUAUACCAACCAGACAUGAUCAAAUUCCGAGGCCAGAAAGUGUAGAAGGAUGGCCUCAUUUACAGAGAAUAGCAAACGAAUUAAUGCCAUAUGAUAGGAGUGUUGAAGUUGGGCUCCUGAUAGGUUUAAAUUGUAUUCGUGCCAUCAAACCGAGGGAGUUAAUUCCUGGGAAAGAUGACGAGCCUUACGCAAGGAGAACUUUGCUUGGUUGGAGUAUAAUAGGGAGAGUCAAUGGUGAUUGUCAAGAUGCAAGUGACUCAGAUUCAGUCCUAACUAGCAAAGUAAUAGUCAAUAAGGUUAUCAUUAAUGGUGAUACCAAAUGUAGCUUUCUUUACUCACCAACUAAAGUAAAAGAAAUAAUUGAUUUUGCACAACUUAAGAAGUUAUUUGAGCUUGAUUUCAGUGAAAGGGAGACGGGAAAUGUUCCUUUUUCGUAUCAAGACAAGAUUUUCUUGAGAAAAAUGAAAGAUGGAAUUCAUCAACUAAAAGAUGGGCAUUAUGAGUUACCACUUCCUCUUAUAGAUGAUAAAGUCAAGCUUCCUAAUAGUAAAGAAAUAACAUUGUGUAGGUUGAGGAGUCUAAAGAGGAAGCUAAAGCAAAAUAAUGAUUUUCUGCAAGACUAUGUUGCAUUUAUGAAAGAUCUCAUAAAGAAAGGCUAUGCAGAAGAGGCACCAUGCCAGGGUCUAAACUUCAAUGAUGGAAGAGUAUGGUAUAUACCACAUCAUGGUAUGUAUCAUCCAAAGAAACCUGACAAAAUUAGAGUAGUUUUCGAUUGCAGUGCUAUGUAUAAGAGUGAAUCACUUAAUAAGAAUCUCUUACAAGGUCCGGAUCUGACAAAUAACUUAAUUGGGGUAUUGUGCAGAUUUAGAAAGGAGCAUGUAGCAAUUGCAUGUGAUAUAGAAGCAAUGUUCCACCAAGUAAAGGUAAAGCCUGAUCACAGAGACCUACUCCGCUUUCUAUGGUGGGAAAAUGGAGAUCCUGAUUCAACAAUCAAAGAAUAUAGAAUGACAGUGCAUUUAUUUGGGGCUACAUCUUCUCCAAGUGUAGCAAGUUUUGCACUGAAAGCUGCUGCUGAUGAUUAUGCUGGGCAAUGUGGAACAGAGGCUGCUUCCUUUGUUAAAAAUGAAUUUUAUGUAGAUGAUGGUUUAACAUCUUUACCUACAACUGUAGAAGCCAUAUCUUUAAUCAGGAAUAGUAAAGCAUUAUGCUCGAAGGGUGGCUUCAAAUUGCACAAGUUCUUGUCAAAUAAGAAAGAAGUUCUAGAAGCAAUAAGCUUAGAGGAAAAGGCUAUAAGUUUAAAGAAUUUAGACCUCUCUAGUGAAGCCUUACCAAUAGAGAGAACUUUAGGAGUAGAAUGGUGCAUUGAAUCAGACACAUUCCAGUUCAGAAUUAGUAUUAAUGAUAAACCAAUAACUAGAAGAGGUAUAUUGUCAACAGUGAGUUCUGUUUUUGAUCCUAUGGGUAUGGUCUCACCCUUUAUAUUGAUUGGUAAAAGAAUACUUCAAACCUUGUGUCAAGAUGGAGUAGACUGGGAUGAUGACAUAUCAGAUGACUUGAAACAACAAUGGAGAAGAUGGAGAGAUGAUUUGAUUCAGUUGAAAGAGUUAAAGAUUCCUAGAUGCUACAAGCCUGACGAAUUUAGAAAGGUCAAAUCAAUUGAACUGCAUUAUUUCUCUGAUGCUAGCCAGAAUGGUUAUGGACAGUGCUCUUAUUUAAGGCAAGUAAGUGAGCAGGGACAAGUUCAUUGUGCACUUGUCAUGUCAAAGUCUAGAGUGACACCAUUGAAGCCUAUAACUGUUCCUAGGUUAGAACUAACAGCUGCAGUUGUAGCCGUUCGAAUGAGUUCUAUGUUAAAGAGAGAGUUAGGUUACCAGGAACUUAAGGAAUUCUUUUGGACUGAUAGCAAAGUCGUACUUGGCUACAUUUCAAACGAAGCAAAGAGAUUCCAUGUGUUUGUUGCUAACCGAGUGCAGCAUAUUAAAGACCACUACUCUGUGGAACAAUGGAAAUUUAUUGAGUCAGCUCAAAAUCCUGCUGACGCUGCUUCACGUGGAUUGUAUGUAAAGCAACUGAUUGAACAUUCUCUAUGGUGGAAUGGACCAAACUUCCUCUGGGAACCUGACUAUAAUGCUAAUCCAUCAUUUGUAAAUGUAAACGUACAAGAGAAUGAUCCAGAGGUCAAGAAAAUUUCGUCAUAUAAGACCCAAACCAAAGAGAGCACUUCAAUUCUUCCAAGACUUGAAUAUUUUUCUGAUUGGCACAGGGCAAAGAAGGCUGUUGCAUUAUGUUUACGCCUUAAAUGUAGAUUCAAGAACCCUGGGAGAGCAACAGUCAACAAAGAACUGACUGAAAACAAAGAAUCCAAAUACACGUCACCUAGUGUAACAGAACUUGUGGAAGCUGAAAAUGAAAUCAUAAGGCUAGUCCAAAAUGAAGCUUUCCAAAAGGUGAAACAAGAUUUACAAUGUGGAAACAACGACAAUGAAGAUGCCAGUAAAAGAAGCAAAACCUUAAAGAAAGCAAGUUACAUUUACUCACUUGAUCCCUUCAGAGAUAAAAAUAACAUCUUAAGGGUAGGUGGCAGAAUGAGACAUGCAGAAUUUGCUGCAAGCAAUAAACAUCCAGUAAUUCUGCCAAAGGACUCACAUAUAACAGAAAUGAUAGUGUGUCAUUACCACCGGAAAGUUCAUCACCAAGGAAGAGGAAUAACAUUGAAUGAGUUAAGGGCAUCUGGUUAUUGGAUCAUUGGAGGUUCAUCAGUGGUAGGUAGACAUAUUUCAAGAUGUGUCAUAUGUAAAAGAUUGAGAGGCACAUUUCAAGAACAGAAAAUGUCUGAUUUGCCACCAGAAAGACUUGAACCUGCACCCCCAUUUACCUACUGUGGGGUAGAUUACUUUGGACCAUUCUUUGUUAAAGAAGGUCGCAAGGAGGUCAAGAGAUACGGUGUUUUGUUUACUUGUAUGGCUUCAAGAGCAAUCCAUCUAGAAACAGCAAAUACACUGGAGACUGAUUCAUUCCUCAAUGCAUAUAGACGUUCCAUAGGAAGACGUGGCCCAGUUCGUCAACUCAGAUCAGAUCAGGGCACAAAUUUUGUUGGAGCUAAAAAUGAACUUCAGCAAUGCUUGCAAGAAAUGGAUCAAGAGAAACUAAAAGGGGAGAUUUUAAAAGAGAACUGUGGCUGGAUUACAUUUGAAAUGAAUAUUCCUCACGCCAGUCAUAUGGGUGGAGUAUGGGAAAGACAGAUCCGUACUGUGAGGAAUAUACUAACAGCUUUAUUAUAUCAUCAUGGAAGACAAUUAGAUGAUGAGUCACUCAGAACCUUUAUGGUUGAAGCAGAGACCAUCGUGAAUAGCUGA